AUGAAGCAGCAUAACCCUAAUUCUUACAAGUUACCCAGACGAGAUUCAUCAAAUUCCUGGUCCGAGCUUCCUCCAGAUCUCUUGAAUUUAGUGUUGGAACGCCUUGGCGUUGCUGAUUCUCGACGAGCUGAAUCCGUAUGUUCGUCUUGGUACUCGGCUGCGAGACGAUGCUUGGCAAAAAAGCAGAUUCCUUGGCUGAUUCUCUUGCCCGACGAAGACGACAGGAUGAACAACCAUUGGUGCAAGCUGUUCAAUCCCGAGGAAAAAGACAAGCUUUACAAGAUACGAGAUGAGGAUGUCGAAUUUGCAAAGAGUUACUGUUUAGCAUCAUAUGGUAAUUGGCUCUUUAUGGUAGACUGUUGGUAUAAUCUCUACCUUUUGAAUCUGUUUACCCACGAGAGGAUCGAUUUGCCUCCGGUGGAGUCACAACUUGGAACGACAAAGCUGGAGCGAACCUCAAAAGGUUUCUUUAACAAGUAUGAACAAGUUGGUUUUUUGGGCAACGAGGCAAUGCUUUUUGAUCUAGGCAUCACUGUGCUCGCUAAUGAUGACAUUGAGAUGGAGCCACUGCACAAGUUUGAUUGUUCGUCCCUACAACAACUCGCCAGAGCUCUAUGGUUCCUACCAAGUUUCAAGCAGACAUAA